GGGUGUUUUGCAGUUCCCCAUCGGGUUCCCCCUGGUCAGUAAGCAGAAAAUACUGAAGGGGGAGUGAUUUGGUUGUGUUUGCCAUAGUAACAUCGCAAAGAUCUGGUGCAUUUCUUUAAAAUUUUUCUUAAAAGGGGGGGAAAGCAACUAUAUCUGCCUUUUUUAACAAUGGCUACUCCGCUGACAGACAGCGAGAGAAGAAAGCAGAUCAGUGUGAGGGGCAUCGCAGGGUUAGGAGAUGUCGCCGAGAUCAAGAAGAGCUUCAACAGGCACCUCCAUUUCACUCUUGUGAAAGACAGGAAUGUCGCAACACCCAGGGAUUACUACUUCGCUCUGGCGCAUACCGUCAGGGACCACCUUGUUGGGCGAUGGAUUCGGACCCAACAGUAUUAUUAUGAAAAGGAUCCAAAGAGGAUUCACUACCUGUCUCUGGAGUUCUACAUGGGGCGAACCCUGCAGAACACAAUGAUAAACCUGGGACUGCAAAACGCCUGUGACGAGGCCAUCUAUCAGCUGGGUCUGGAUCUGGAGGAGCUGGAGGACAUUGAAGAAGAUGCGGGGCUCGGGAAUGGAGGACUCGGCCGGCUUGCAGCCUGUUUCUUGGACUCCAUGGCAUCCUUAGGACUGGCUGCCUAUGGAUAUGGAAUCCGAUAUGAGUUUGGUAUUUUCAACCAAAAGAUCUCCAACGGCUGGCAAGUAGAGGAAGCAGAUGACUGGCUGCGCUAUGGGAACCCCUGGGAAAAGGCCCGUCCUGAGUACAUGCUCCCUGUGCAUUUUUAUGGAAGAGUUGAGCACACCGCUAAAGGAGCCAAGUGGCUUGACACACAGAUAGUGCUUGCCAUGCCGUAUGACACCCCAGUACCAGGAUACAAGAACAACACUGUCAACACCAUGAGACUCUGGUCUGCCAAAGCACCCAAUGAUUUCAACCUCCAGGAGUUCAACGUAGGUGACUACAUCCAGGCUGUGCUGGACAGGAACCUGGCUGAGAACAUCUCCAGAGUGCUCUAUCCCAAUGACAAUUUUUUUGAAGGGAAGGAGCUGCGUCUGAAACAGGAGUAUUUUGUGGUUGCUGCCACUCUCCAGGACAUUAUCCGACGAUUCAAGUCCUCCAAGUUUGGCUGCCGGGACCCUGUCAGGACUUCAUUUGAAACAUUCCCUGAAAAGGUGGCUAUUCAGCUAAAUGACACCCAUCCAGCCCUGGCUAUUCCUGAACUCAUGAGAAUUUUGUUGGACGUGGAAAAGUUAACCUGGGAGAAGGCUUGGGACGUGACAGUCCAGACCUGCGCCUACACCAACCACACUGUGCUGCCCGAGGCCCUGGAGCGCUGGUCCGUCCACAUGUUCGAGAAGCUGCUGCCCAGACACCUGGAGAUCAUCUACGAGAUCAACCGCAGGCACCUGGAUAGGGUCUCUGCUAUGUACCCCGGAGAUGGGGACCUGCUGAGGAGGAUGUCCCUGAUCGAGGAGGGAGACCCCAAGAGGAUCAACAUGGCCCACCUGUGUGUGGUGGGCUCCCAUGCUGUCAAUGGGGUGGCCAGGAUUCACUCAGAGAUUGUCAAAAACACUGUUUUUAAAGAUUUCUAUGACAUUGAGCCAGAGAAGUUCCAGAACAAGACCAAUGGAAUCACUCCAAGGCGCUGGCUGCUGCUAUGUAACCCUGGACUCACCGAUAUCAUUGCUGAGAAAAUUGGAGAAGAAUUCCUCACUGACUUGUACCAGCUGAAGAAGCUUCUCAACUUCAUUGAUGAUGACAUCUUCAUCCGGGACGUGGCCAAAGUGAAACAGGAAAACAAAUUGAAAUUUUCGGUCUACUUGGAGGGAAAGUACAAAGUGAAAAUAAAUCCGGAUUCUAUUUUCGACAUCCAAGUGAAGAGAAUUCACGAAUACAAGAGACAGCUGCUGAACUGUUUGCACAUCAUCACUUUCUACAACCGUAUCAAGAAAGAUCCAAAUAAGCAGUAUGUGCCAAGAACUGUGAUGAUUGGAGGGAAGGCUGCCCCAGGCUACCACAUGGCUAAAAUGAUCAUCAAGCUGAUUACCUCCAUCGCUGAUAUUGUGAAUAACGACCCUGUCGUGGGAGAUCGACUCAAAGUGAUCUACCUGGAGAACUACAGAGUAUCGCUGGCGGAAAAAGUGGUGCCUGCUGCUGACCUGUCACAACAGAUCUCCACGGCUGGUACCGAGGCCUCUGGCACCGGGAACAUGAAGUUCAUGCUCAACGGCGCCCUCACCAUCGGCACCAUGGACGGUGCCAACGUGGAAAUGGCAGAGGAGGCCGGGGAAGAGAACCUUUUCAUCUUCGGAAUGAGAGUCGAGGAUGUGGAGGCCAUGGACAAGGCGGGCUACAAUGCCAGAGAGUACUAUGAACGCAUCCCUGAGCUCAAGCAGGUGAUGGAUCAAAUCAGCAGUGGCUUCUUCUCCCCCAAGCAGCCUGACCUCUUCAAAGACAUCAUCAACAUGCUCAUGAACCACGACAGGUUCAAAGUUUUUGCCGACUACGAAGCUUAUAUUAGCAGUCAAGAGAAGGUGAAUGAGCUCUACAAGAAUCCAAAGGAGUGGACCAAGAAAGUGAUCAAGAACAUCGCUGGCUCAGGCAAGUUCUCGAGCGACCGGACCAUUGCGGAAUACGCGCGGGAGAUCUGGGGAGUGGAGCCUUCGGAUGUGAAGAUCCCUCCUCCCAACGAGCCCCGAGAGUGAGAGGCCCCGGAGACACAUGGGAAGAUCUCGGUGUACAGCAGUGCUCACUUCAAGGAAGCCAUUCCGCUUUCAAGGGUUCCGGUGACAUCACAGGGCCCCAGUGCUGCACUACUUAUCUAAUACCGUUCAGACUUAGCUUUAUAACACAUGCUACUGUAGGAUAUGGAGCUGUUAUAUGGAUCUUAUUUCAGUGAGGAAUGGUAAACCCUGAAGCUGACGCCUGUGUCGCUUGAAACUGGUAUAUUUAGCUUUGCUGUUUUGUGUGUGUGUGUGUGUGCGUGUGCAUGUGCAUGUGCGUGUGCAGGGCAUGUGAUCUUUUGUUGUAGCUAAAGGUUUGCAUACCAUGACAGUCAAGAACUGUACAGUUUGUAUGUUGACAGAUUGCUCUGUGCAUCAUUGCUCUCACUAAAUUCACUGGUAAUACAAUUGAACUAACAAACAUUUUUCACAGAUUUGUGUAACACAGAUACAAGGCAUGUUUCAGUACAGGCACUGAUAUAAAGAUCUUACAUAAGAGAGGUAUUGCACUUUUAUGACAGUCUGCAUUAGGAAGUUUCUACCAGUGGAAAAUCUUUUUAAUUUCAAUAAUUUUAUGUAAAAGCAGUUUUGGGCUCCUUUUAAAUUUUUCUAGUAAAAUAAUUUUAGGAAGUUGCAAAGUUCAUGUGGAGCAGUUUUAUUUUGGAUGGAAUUAACACAUCUCUGAUGAGGUAUAGUGAAAUAAAAGUACAAUAUUGCUCAACAUACAUGCUGACUAGUAGACCGGGGUUCAUUCAACUACAGGGUAACAUUUUUUUUUUAAAAUGUGUUUUUUACUCCAGUGUCAUUUUCUGAAAAGAGAAACUAACGCAUUAAACUCAAGGUCUGUUAAGUACUGUAUUGUCGUUUCUUACAGGUGUUUUCAAUCUAUCUAUAUCAUCACACUGUGAUUGACAAAACCAACUGUGCUGGUCUUUCCCAAAAGUGCUACAAAUGUCACUCCUUGUGAGGCAAAAAUAAGGAUUGCUGUGCAUGCUUCCCCUAGCACCUUUCUGUGGUGUGUGUCUGGCAUUAUCGUUUAGUGUUUUUGAAUGUACAGUGCAUAAACAAAUCAAGGAAUGUAUAUAACUUGAA